AUGGAACCAAAAUCUCUAGAAUUCAGCGACUUGUACAUAGCAUGUGGAGAUGGAGAUAUCGAUUUGGUUCAAGGCUUACUCGCGUCCAUGUCUGUGGAACAAAUAAAUUCCAUUGAACCUAAUGGUAACACUGCACUACAUAUUGCUUCAUCAAACGGUCAUUCCAGAAUUGUCAAGUUACUGCUCGACACAGGAGUAGUGUCAAGAUCUAUUCGAAACCAACACAAUCUGACGCCCUAUGGUGAAGCCCAAUCAGAAGAGAUUCGACAAUUAUUUAAACGAAAAAAUGGUGCUGAACGAUUUGUUGAUGGCAUGCAGGACCAAGGAAUACGGAUUGAAUGGAUGAAAGCUGAUCCCACGGUUCAACGAGAAGUUGCUUGGGAACUCAAAAAUCAUAAGUGGCCAUGGCAUACAAAACCAGGUCUUGAUGAAUGGAUUAACUGUAUACGCGAAAAGUAUCUCGAUGGCUGCCUAAAAGAUAUGCAUGGUAUAGGUUUAAUUCGUUCCUUUUAUCAAAAGGCUCAAGCAAGUAAUGAUCCAGUACAAUUAAUAAAGGCAUAUACAGCAGAAACACAGUACUACAAAAUACUAAACGAACGGUUAGCUCAGUUACAUGAGUCACGUGAAAGUGAUAAUUGGUGGGGACAUCAAGAUCUUCUCGACAUAAUGUUAUCUCAUCCAUCUCUGGAUCGGUUCACAUAUAUAGGUACUACAUACCGAGGUAUGAGAAUUACGCAACAUGAUUUAAAACUGUAUUCUGUGGGUACUUUACUGAUGAACAAAGCAUUUCUAUCGACAUCAAAAGAUCGAGCAGUUGCUGAAGUUUUUGGUGAUUCAUGUGGCACUCAAGAUGGAAAGUUUUCGGCGAUCUGCAUGUAUGAAAUUCGUAAACCUCGUUCAGCAUUAGAAAAGCCUAUUCAAUUAUUCGAUAGUGGUUUUAUUGACCAUUAUUUAAAUAUCCAAAACGGCUACGUAAUUUUUUAA